UUUAAACAUCUGGGAAAAAAAAAGUUUGAGAAAGAAAAGAUGUGCAUAGCUGCAUUUGCUUGGCAAGCACUCUCCCUCCACCCUUUCGUUCUUCUGUUCAAUAGAGAUGAAGAUCACAAUAGGCCGACAAAGCCACUAGGGUGGUGGGAAGGAGGAGAGAUUUUGGGAGGCCGAGAUGAGGUGGGAGGAGGAACCUGGCUCGCGUGUUCAAAAAAGGGAAAGGUGGCCUUUGUUACCAACGUUCUGGAGCUUCACCCCCUUCCUGAAGCUAAAUCCCGAGGAGAGCUACCAGUUCGUUUUCUCAAGAGUAAACAAAAUCCUAGAGAAUUUGCAGAGAUACUAGCAAAAGAGGCUCACGAAUUCAACGGCUUCAACCUCAUAGUAGCUGAUCUUCCAUCGAAAAGCAUGAUUUACAUCACCAACAGGCCAAAAGGCGAGUCUGUCAGGAUUCAAGAAGUUCCCCCAGGUCUCCAUGUGCUCUCAAAUGCAAAGCUGGAUUCACCAUGGCCAAAGGCAGAGCGUUUGGCACUGAAGUUCAAGAAAUUGCUGUACAGAUACAGUGAAGGUGAAAUCCCAGUUAAAGAUAUGGUUUACAAACUAAUGAGGGAUACCAAAAAAGCUGAUGAAAGCAGGCUGCCUCAUAUUUGUCCACUCGAAUGGGAGUUCAGUCUGAGCUCUAUCUUUGUAAAAGCAGAGACCACCUCGGGGUACUACGGCACAAGGAGCACUACAGCUAUAACAGUGUCAGCAAAUGGAGAUGUAAACUUCUAUGAGACAUAUCUGGAGGAAGAAAUGUGGAAAGAGCAUAUAGUCAAUUAUUGCAUCGAAAAGCAGAAGCAUACAUAGAUCAUGGUAGCACUGCCUAAAACUACCGCAAAGACCCAAAUGUGAAUGUAAUUGAUUAUGUAUCUUGUUUGAUGCCUUAAAGCAUGGACAUAUUUUCCUGCAAAACCAUUAAACCUUUGUUUUUAUAUCUGAAAUUAUGAAUAAUAGGGCCCAAUGUAUUGUAAAAGACUCGCCAAUUUCUCAUUGGGUAUUCAGAAAAUCAGUUCCACAGAAA